AUGCCGCCGCGAUUCCCGCUGCGCUUCCGCUCCGCCCCGCCGCGAAGGGCCUUCUCGUGCGCCGUCCGUCACCGGCAGGUCAGCGAGCUGCCGCAAGCUGCCGAGCUGCCCGAGCGCAACCCUCCCGUAUACCAAGCAACCCGCCAGAAUGACCUCCUCGGCCUCCAUUGGCAUUCUCCUCUGCGCACCGUGCUGCUCAUGAAGAAGGAAGACGCGCCUCACGUCACCGAGUCACUCGUAGAACUGGCGUAUCACAUUCAGACAACAUAUCCCGACGUGAAUCUGCUAUUCGAGCCCAACGUCGCGCAUGCGAUCCAUGACAGACUUCCGUCGACUGUCUAUGCACUGCCACUCCAGAAACGCGAAGCGGAGCAGGUGCUCCAUGGCAGUGUCGAUCUCAUAACCACGUUGGGUGGAGAUGGAACAAUCCUCCACGCCGCAAGUCUGUACGCAAACGCCAAGCAAGUACCGCCCAUUCUCGCUUUCAGCAUGGGAACGCUUGGAUUCUUGGGAGAGUGGAAGUUCGCCGAGUACAAGCGCGCCUUCAGAGAGGUCUUCAUGUCUGGCGCCAGCGCCGCCGCGGAGCAGACGCUCGACCCGGUCUCAUCCACGGGGACUGAAGAUAUCGUUCGCAUCGCUGACGAUCCGUGGGCUUCUCUUCGGGGCAAAUUUAUGGGCACACAUCGGCACGCCCGCAUCCUCCUCCGUCACCGUCUCAAGGUGUCGGUACACACUCCUGCAAGACUCGUAUCCACAGGGGCUUCUUCGUCCGCAUCUGGCCCUGCACACAAGAAGCCCCUCUUGACGGGCAAGCACCCAUCUCUAGCGACAGCCCAGACCCUCGCUCGCGGCAACACCAAACUUCCCCCGUCGCCGCUCUACGCCCUGAACGAGAUAAUCCUGCACCGCGGCCGCAACCCUCACCUGACCGUAAUCGGCAUCACCGUCAACGGCCGGCACCUAACGGACGCCAUCGCGGACGGGCUCAUCGUCGCCAGCCCCACGGGCAGCACCGCGUACUCACUAUCAUCCGGCGGCUGCAUCGUGCACCCGCUCGUUCCAUCCCUCAUCCUGACCCCCAUAUCGCCGCGCAGCCUCUCCUUCCGCCCGCUCGUCCUCCCCGCCAACGCCGAGAUCACCCUGCGCGUGGCCGAGAGCAACCGGUCCGACGGCGUCGACGUCAGCAUCGACGGCAUGCGCCUCGAGGAGCCACUCGGCCGCGGCGGCGAGGUGCGCAUCACCGGCGAGGACGUCGGCCUACGUGGGAUAGGUAGGGGUGAGAAGGGGACGCCGCUUCUCGGCGGCGUGCCGAGCAUCGUGAGGGGCACGAAUGGCGGCAUGACCAGAGGGGAGGAUCACUGGGUGGGCGGAUUGAACGGGCUGCUGAAGUUUAACUACCCGUUCGGGGAGGAGGUCUGA